AUGCUCCACGGCCAAGAAUAUUCACAGCAGACUAUGCCUCGUGGCCAGAACAACUAUGCACCACGGAACAAUUCUCAGACUCAAUCUUGGUCAAACUUGCAACAGUCUAAUGCGGUGGCUAACGUCUUCGCUGGUGAUCAGCUCUACCAGCAGCCUCCUGUUACUAAUGCUGUGAAUAUUGACUUCAGCAAGAUGAGUCAAGACCAAUUUCAGACUCUUAUCCAGAAAAUUCAGAGUCAUGUGCGUCCUCCAGAGCCUGUAGUUCCUCCUCCUCGUGCUUCGAUUACUGAGUCUGGUCACAUGGCUGCUCAAUCUACGUCUGGUACUGUUUCAAUACCUUUUCCUUCUUCUAGCCUUCAUUUUGAACACAAUUGCCUUACUUUUCAACACCAAUGCCUUUCAUCUCUUUACAAUUCUCUCCCUGCUGGAUCUUGGAUAAUUGACAGUGGAGCUACCACACAUGUUUGUUUUGAUUUGGCAUUAUUCAGCAAUCUCUUACCUGUAUCUGCUGUCACAGUCUCGUUACCUAAUGGUAUUAGAGAACCUAUCUCACACAUGGGCAUAGUGCAUCUUUCACAUGAUCUUGUUUUGCAUAAUGUUCUUCAUGUUCCUUCUUUUCGCUUCAAUCUUAUCAGCGUUAGUAGCUUGCUAAAGGACAGUAAUUCUUCUAAUCACUUUUACUCUAAUCAUUGCUUGAUUCAGGAGUCUACUCAGGGCUUGAUGAUUGGUAGAGGCACUCUCAUUCAAAAUCUGUAUAUCUUACAGCCCUCUACCAGCUCAAACUUCUGUGGAUCCUUGCUAGUAGAUGGAGCUCUUUGGCACCAACGCCUUGGACAUCCAUCUUUUGCCAAGUUACAACAUUUUCCGGACUCUCCUUCAUCUUUUCCGAUUGUUGAUUUGUUUAACAAAACGAUUUUGCCAUUGCCUAUUCAUGUUGCUUUAGAUCAUAUCAUUGAUGCUCCUCCAUCUGACUUGUUACCUGCUUUGUCUCAUGAUUCUGUGCCAUUACCUGAUGCAUCUCCUCAUACUCAUUCAUCUGCAUCACACUCUAAUGCCACACCUAUAUCACUUGAGACUGUUUCACGAGGUACAGGUCAGAGUCGUCUGCUCAAUGUAAGACCAAAGCGAACAGCACGAGCUCCCGGUUACUUAUCUGAGUAUCAUUGCGCUCAAAUCUCCUCUUCUUCUUCUGAGAUUCCUUCCACCACAGUUUAUCCCCUCUCUUCUGUUCUUUCCUACUCAGCCCUUAAACCAAUUUUCAGACCUAUGUUCUCUCAUAUUCCCUUGAAACAGAACCGACUACUUUUAAGCAAGCCAUGUUAUCACCACUUUUCGUCAUGCCAUGAGUGA